UGUGUGGGACAACAAAAGUGAUAAUUCGGGGUGUUUAAAAGUUAUCCAUGCUGAUUAUAUCUUUUUCUCGUGUUCUUUUAAUCCUAGGUUUGAAUUUUCUCGGAGGAAGAUCAGCCACGAGGAAAAAAGAAACAAGAGGCAGCAACAUCUAAACCCUUGAAAGGAUCCUGAGCGGGGGGAAAGGGAAAACAGCAGCCACCAGCCCAACCACUUGUGUCUUCUGCCCCUUCCCACCUAUCUUGCCCACCCCACCAGCCCACGCUGCUUGGGACUUGAGAUCUGUGGCCGAAGGACUGUCACCACAUAACUUCAAAAAUAAUCAAACCCAUCCAAACCCACCCAAAUUCACUUAUCCAGCGUUUACUUUUUUGAAUCCACUCAGAUUUUUUUCUACGACCCCCCCUCCCUGAAUGGAGUUGGGUGGGGGGGGAAUGAAUACUGAGUUGGCCUUUGUUUUUUUAAGAGACUUUUUGAUCCAAUGAGGCCCCCCAAAUAAGAGUUUUGGGUCCUGGUUGGUGGUUUAAUUUUUUUUUCUCCAAAAUUUUAACCCCCUCCCCCCUGAGCCCGAGGUGCUGACGUCGCAAAAAAAUUGGAUACCUCGAUCAUGGGUUCGGGUCCCAUAGAUCCCAAAGAGCUUCUCAAGGGCCUGGAUAGCUUCCUUAACCGAGAUGGGGAAGUCAAGAAUGUGGACGGAAUUUCCAAGAUCUUCAGUUUGAUGAAGGAAGCACGAAAGAUGGUGAGUCGAUGCACUUACUUGAACAUUCUCCUGCAGACCCGGUCACCAGAAAUAUUGGUCAAGUUUAUUGACGUUGGUGGCUACAAGCUUCUUAAUAAUUGGUUGACAUAUUCAAAGACAACCAACAACAUUCCCCUGUUGCAGCAAAUUCUACUGACCUUGCAGCACCUGCCACUCACCGUGGACCAUCUCAAGCAGAACAACACAGCUAAACUGGUGAAGCAACUGAGCAAGUCAAGUGAGGAUGAAGAGCUCCGGAAAUUGGCCUCAGUCCUUGUAAGCGACUGGAUGGCUGUCAUCCGCUCCCAGAGUAGUACUCAGCCUGCUGAGAAAGAUAAGAAAAAACGUAAAGAAGAGGGAAAGAGUCGAAGCACCCCUCCUGAGAGGCCUUUCACUGAGGUGAGGGCUGAGCCUCGGGCUGAGGAGGCCCCAGAGAAGAAGAAGGAGAAGCCCAAGUCUCUUAGGACCACAGCACCCAGCCAUGCCAAGUUCCGCUCCACUGGAUUAGAGCUGGAGACCCCAUCUUUGGUGCCUGUGAAGAAGAAUGCCAGUGCGGUAGUGGUUUCUGACAAGUACAACCUUAAGCCCAUCCCCCUCAAGCGUCAGAGUUCUGCAGCCUCCCCAGGAGACACUGCACCCCAUGCAGAGAAGAAGUACAAGCCUCUCAACACAACACCCAAUGCUACCAAAGAGAUCAAAGUGAAGAUCAUCCCGCCACAGCCUAUGGAGGGCCUGGGAUUCCUGGAUGCACUUAAUUCAGCACCUGUUCCAGGCAUCAAAAUUAAGAAGAAGAAGAAGGUGCUGUCGCCUACAGCCGCCAAGCCAAGCCCAUUUGAAGGGAAAACAAGCACAGAACCAAGCACAGCCAAAUCUUCUUCCCCAGAGCCAGCACCUCCUUCUGAGGCUAUGGACAUAGACCGUCCAGGGACCCCAGUUCCACCUGUGGAAGUCCCAGAGCUCCUGGAUACAGUCUCUUUGGAGCCAGGAGCUCUGGAUGCAAAGCCAGCAGAGUGUCCUGGUGAUGCCAGCCAGCUGACCCGGAAAGGCAGAAAGCGGAAAACUGUGACAUGGCCUGAGGAGGGCAAACUGCGAGAAUAUUUCUAUUUUGAACUAGAUGAAACUGAACGAGUAAAUGUGAAUAAGAUCAAGGAUUUUGGCGAGGCAGCUAAGCGAGAGAUACUGUCAGACCGACAUGCAUUUGAGACGGCCCGGCGUCUGAGCCAUGACAACAUGGAGGAGAAGGUGCCGUGGGUAUGCCCCCGGCCCCUGGUUCUGCCCUCCCCACUUGUGACCCCUGGAAGCAGCAGCCAGGAGCGAUACAUCCAGGCUGAGCGGGAGAAAGGAAUCCUUCAGGAGCUUUUCCUGAACAAGGAAAGCCCUCAUGAGCCUGAUCCUGAGUCCUAUGAACCUAUACCCCCAAAGCUCAUCCCCCUAGAUGAGGAAUGUUCCAUGGAUGAGACCCCAUAUGCUGAGACUCUGGAGCCUGGGGAGGCCAGUGGCUCACCUGACGGGGCAGGUGGCUCUAAGUUGCCUCCUGUUCUGGCCAAUCUUAUGGGAAGCAUGGGUGCUGGGAAGAGCCCCCAGGGUCCUGGAGGAGGAGGCAUCAAUGUCCAGGAGAUCCUCACCUCCAUCAUGGGUAGCCCAAAUAGUCAUCCCUCAGAGGAACUGCUGAAGCAGCCAGAUUACUCAGACAAGAUCAAGCAGAUGCUGGUGCCUCAUGGACUCUUAGGCCCUGGUCCACUAGCCAAUGGUUUUCCACAAGGAGGCCCAGGGGGCCCCAAGGGAAUGCAGCACUUCCCCUCAGGCCCUGGGGGACCUAUGCCAGGUCCCCAUGGAGGCCCUGGGGGUCCUGGUGGGCCAGUGGGUCCACGCCUCCUGGGUCCCCCACCCCCUCCCCGGGGGGGUGAUCCCUUCUGGGAUGGCCCUGGUGACCCCAUGAGGGGUGGCCCGAUGCGGGGAGGUCCAGGACCUGGUCCUGGACCAUACCAUAGAGGUCGUGGAGGCCGAGGAGGAAAUGAACCUCCUCCUCCUCCCCCUCCUCCGCCAUUUCGGGGGGCCAGAGGAGGUCGUUCCGGAGGAGGACCCCCAAAUGGACGAGGGGGCCCUGGUGGGGGUGUGGUUGGAGGUGGUGGGCACCGUCCCCAUGAAGGCCCUAGCAGUAGCAUGGGUGGAGGACAUCGUCCCCAUGAAGGCCCUGGUGGUGGCAUGGGCAGUGGCAGUGGUCAUCGUCCUCAUGAAGGACCUGGCGGGAGCAUGGGUGGAAAUGGUGGACAUCGCCCCCAUGAAGGUCCUGGACAUGGGGGACCCCAUGGCCACCGGCUUCAUGAUGUCCCUGGUCACCGGGGCCAUGACCAUCGAGGGCUACCACCUCAUGAGCACCGCGGCCAUGAUGGCCCUGGCCACGGAGGAGGGGGCCACCGAGGGCAUGAUGGAGGCCACAGCCAUGGAGGAGACAUGUCAAACCGCCCUGUUUGCCGACACUUCAUGAUGAAGGGCAACUGCCGCUAUGAGAACAGCUGUGCCUUCUACCACCCGGGGGUCAAUGGGCCCCCCCUGCCCUAGAAACCUGCCUGCCCUCCCCACACCCCCAUGGGCUCUAGCCUUGCUUCUCCACCCUGUUAUGGCUUCUGUGAGGCCCGUUUUUCCUUUCCCCAGCUGAGGAGGAGCAGGCCUCCUCAGUCCCACUCGUGUUCGUGGGGGUUUUCUGAUCACUGGUGCGCAUUGAUUGAUGUACACGCUCUCCUCCAGUCUGGGGAGGAGAAACUGGACGCAUUCUGUAUCCUGACUGCUCAAAAGGAGACCCAGUUGACUUCACUUUGUGAGGAGAUUCGCCUUGUAGCCUCAAGCCCCUUCCCAGUAUUACCUUUAAUGUCUGAGAACCCAAGUUGGUUAUCCUGGAGAACACGUGUACUCUCCUACUUUGAGUCCUCCCCAUGCACAGAGCUCUCAUGUGGGAUCAGUUACACUUAUGAAGUCAUGCAAGCCAAGUUCAUUGGGGUGGGGAGAUAGUAAAAAGGGGUAUUGGAUAUCCCACUGCACUGAAAGAGCUCCCUACUCCUCCCUCCCAACACAGGCUGGACGCAUUCUGAGUCCUUUCUCAAGUAAGACUUUGCAACCUGUGAACAUGGAGUCUGCAUUGUGGGUCUGCUGGGUUCAAUGAUGGAGAAUUAAUAUUUGCAUCCAAAGAAGGUUUUGGCUGGUGGUGUUAGUCCACCCUGCAUAUAUUAGCUUGUUCUGGAACCUAAACACUUCCGUGAGACCAGCUUUUCAUGAACUGAAACCUGGCACGCUGGGCCCAACAGUCACACUACAUGCACCGCCUUGGGAGUUAACACGCUUCCUAUCCUCACCUGAGACUUUGUUGGAGUGAGGUCACUUCUGAAUCCCCGCCAAGCGCCUUCCUGGGUGCAUUGAACAACACAACUGGUCCUUACGCAGCCCUCUCCCUCACCUAUCUCGGCAUCAGUUGUUUUCUAUGAAAACAGUGGAUUGGUUGGGUUUUGUGCAGGGUCUUGUGUUAGAGCCACAAUGGAUUUGAGGAUGAGUAUUUUUUCUUUUGGUUUUGUAUAUUUUGUACAUUAAUAAUAAACAGUGGAAAGAGAA